AAUAAACGAAAUUUUCAAGCCAAAGAGAAAGAAAAGUGAAGCAAGCAAGUAGCCAGAAAUUCUUCUUCCCAAAAAAAAAAAAAAAAAAGUGCUUGACUUUCUAUCAGAAGGUAAGAGAUAGCCACGUUGAUUAUUUAUUUCACGCGUCUAGCAAAACCCUAAAUCACAUCAUUAAAUUCAAGGAUUUUACGAGACUUCUGGUUGCAGAAAUUAUAACUUUUAUCACUAGCAGAGCAUAUCAAGAUCAUAAGUAGAUGUUUAGUUCGGUGGAUUGUUGUGGGAAGUUGGAGUGAAUGUCUAAUUAUUCCAAGGACUGAGGCAGGAUAUCUGUCGAAAAAGAUGGGGAAAGAAAAAAAAUUGUAUUUCAGGUUGUCAUCGUAAAAUGGAGAAAGUAAAAAAAAAUAUAUAUCUGUAGAAAAAUUAAAGAUGUCAAAGGGUCAAUCUCAGCGAAAAAGUGAUUUUCGGAAGAGAGCUUUGGGAAGGUGCAAGUCAAAGGGAAAAGCCAGUGAUUUCAUUGAUAUUGACGGUGACACAAACUUUAAUGUUAUUAUUAUUGAUGCCCCAAAGCCCUCAGAAUGGACCUCUCUUGAUGCUAGUACAUCUGGGAAGGAUAAAGCUCAUGUAUGUGGUGAUGUUAUUUGCAUUGAUGAUGAUGACGAUGACAGUGGUAAUUGUGGCAAUGCUCAUGAUGGUUUUGAAGAUGGAAGGAAGUUUUUCUCGAAGUUGUCAAAGUGCUGGGAUGCCUGCUCCAGAAAAAUAUCAUCUCUUAGUCACCAAAAGGUCUCCUCUACUAUAUCAUCUGAAAAUGAUGAUUCAGAUUGUUAUAUUGAGGAAGAUUUUCAGGGAAAUAUUCGUCAGCAGUGGGAACAGGCUUCCCUUAGGAAGAAAAUGUUUGACAACGUCACAAAAGGGCAAUUUGGUUUUCAGGGUGAGGAUGGCCCUGCAAGAUGUAAUGAUGACUCUCAAAUGAAUGUGAGUGUUGAUAUAACAGCCGAAGCACGAACAUCUAACAGCAAUAGUAAUCAUGACAAUGAUAAAUUCAAUCAAUCUGCUUGCGUUGGUGAAAAUGCACGACCUGAUUCUUCUAAUCUUAUGUCAGAUGGAAAGAGUCAACAUAAGGAUUUUGAAGAGACUGUCCUGCAGGAGAUGUGUACAAAAUCUUCUUUUUGCAACACUCAAGCAAUGAAUGAGACUACUUCCAUACAUUAUGCACAUUCUGAAUCACAGGUCAGAUUGGAUCUUCUUCCACUUGUUUCAAAUGGUGGUCUAUCUGAUGUCCAAAAUUAUAUAAUUGGUGAUAGAGAAAUGCUCAAAAAAACUGAUGCCUAUAGACGUGCUCAAGAAGAAGAAUGGGCAUCCAGACAGAGAGAGCUACAAAUUCAGGCAGAAGAAGCAAGGCGCUUGCGCAAGAGAAGAAAGGCUGAAAGUCAACGUCUAUUAGAAACAGAGAGAAGGCAAAAACAGCGGGUGGAAGAGGUUCGAGAGGCACAGAAAAAGGAUGAGGAAACUCUGAAUUUGAAAGAGCAGCUUCGAAUUGAGGUGAGGAGGGAACUGGAUAAACUGGAAGCUAAUUGUACAGAUAUGGCUUCACUUCUUCGUGGCCUUGGAAUUGAUAUUGGAGGUGGUUUUUACCCUUCUUCUACUGAGGUACGAACUGCUUAUAAACAAGCUCUGCUUAGGUUCCACCCAGAUCGAGCAUCAAGAAGCGACAUCCGCCAACAAAUUGAAGCAGAGGAGAAAUUUAAGCUUAUUUCUCGUGCAAAAGAGAAAUUCAUGCUGUGACAUGAUGCAACAACUAAAUUGUGAUUAAAAAUCAUUUACAGAUUUUGAGAAUCUUCCCUAAUCUUUCCGUUGUAUAAGUUGAGCAUAUGCUGUCCAAAAAAUUUUGGGCAUGGCAAAGCCAUUAGGUUAUCUUUUGACUGGUAUAUUUAUACACAUAAAUCUUUCAUCCACCAUUUAGCUGAAUAAUUGUAUGAAACCCAAUUUCAUGUAUUUAUGAUUUCACAUA